CCACCAAAAAAAAAAAAACGAUCGAAACUAGCCUCGCGCCCUUAAACCCAUAGGCCAUAGCAUAUGGAUCAGCCAACCAUUGUUCCAAAUUCCAACCAUUCCCUUAUUCAUACAAUGUAUCCGCUUUCAAAAGAAAUCAUGCCUGGCCACGGUCAUCUGUUAAAAAAAAAAACGAGCAGAGAUCGAACGCACACACGCGACGUCUGGCGAGCAACAACAAGAACAACGGACAGCGGCAACGGAGAACUUCUGAUCGGAGAUCUUGUUGAGUAGAUAAGUGACAGCGAUGCCAAAAGAAGAAGAAGAAGAAGAAGAAAGGAAAGGGAGUCCAGAAAACAGAUCAGAGACGACGACGGCGACGAGUGAAGAGAGGAGAGGGAGAGAGGCAGGGAGCACGACGAAAGGAAGGAAAGAGAGCACUUACGAGUUUUUGAGCCAAAAGCCCUUCAAUUUUUUUUUUUUUUAAUCCAGACACUUCAAGUUUCUAAUGGGCUUUUCGGACCUCAACCGAGAGGCUGUAGUUCCAAAACGCACAACCUCGAUGCGUUUCGACCUUAUCGGCUCCAUCAAUCAUCACUCAUCAGACUAGCAUUGGCUUGCGAUUCAAGUGGAGGCAGAAGAGGAAGCCUGGGAGGGUAUUCAAUUAAUCCCGCUGUGAAAGGUCGAGAGUGAAUUAGCGAAGUUUCGUCUUGGUUUUGUAACAGGUUGAGAGAAAGGGACACAACUUCUACAUAUUUAACGGCCAAGAAGCAGAGUCCCACUGUCUGAUAGUCAGAAUUAAUGCAAAAUUGAAACAGAUGGGAAGCAGAGUCUUUUUGCUCAGGGGAUUGUCAUACUCAUCAGCAAUGCGCAAUAGCUUCCUUACCACCUCCAGGAGUAGUUGCAACAACUUUGGUUUCCCAAAAGUUACUGUUCCUCACAAUAAAGUACGAAGCUGCUCAUCAACAAAAAUUCAGUCUCCACCACCAGAUGUAACUCAUUUGGCAGAAACAGCUCGAAUUGCUCUUACACCAAAUGAGGUGGAAGAAUUUGCUCCCAAAAUUCAACAAGUGAUAGAUUGGUUUGGACAGCUUCAAGGUGUUGAUCUAGAAAGCAUCGAACCCUCCAUCAGAGCAGAUACUGAAAACAACAAUGUGCGUGAUGAUGUUCCUGAGACUUUCAACGACAGGGGCACCAUGGUUGCUUCCAUUCCAAGCUACGAGGAGCCUUACAUCAAAGUUCCAAAGGUCUUAAACACGGAAUGAAAUUGGGUAGCUGAGUUUUAGAGGAUAAGGAAGUGCAUGUAGACAAUUGGUUUGUACUGCGUUUCUUUUUAAUUUACAUCAAAUGGCCGAACACCCAUUUUGAAUUUCUAUUGUGGGAUUCAAUCUAUCAACUUUUGCGCUUUCAACUUUCCCCAAUGUCAUUGUUUCCAUGUUGUGAAACAUAAACUGAAGCCUCAGCACAAGCAGGUCUGACCAGGAGAAGAUGGGGCCUUUUAGGCUAGGUCAUGAUUCAUGAGAGAAAGUAUGUUUAAUACUCUUGUAUAAUGUAGAAGGAUUUUUGUGUUUCA